CAAACUGACCUUUGACAUAGACAAUUCAACGGAACAUGCAAACAUACAAAAAGUAAAAGAAAAAUUCAAACAUUGAAAGCGCGCCAGUUUCGAAAUGGCGCCGUGGUGACUUCGCUGGUGGUGUGGUGAGUUCCUGGCAGCCGAAGAAUGGGGAGUUGGUGAAGGCGCCAAUAAAUUUGACCAGCAAAAGCGAAACGGAAACGUGCCAGAAACAGGAAAAGCGCGAGGAAUCUUGGCAAUAACAACCAGUGCGCAUGCUGCAGGCCAAUUCUUGGACUAGCCAACGAACAUAUAAAGCCGCAGAUAGAUCAGGAUGGCCAGCAAGCGGCUGAUGCUCGACGUGGAGGAGGAGGAGGCGGGUGGCGGGGAGGCGGCUUGUGGCCGGGAGAAGUUAGAAGAUGGGCAGGAAUACCAGGCCAAGAGGCGCAAGCCCGCCGGCCAACAGGAGACUCCGCUGCAAAAGAUGCUCAAGCGGCACCUUCCCGCCAGUUCCCUUCUGUCGCCCAUAACCGAACUGUCGCAGAAUAUGCGUGGAGCCCGACUCGAUGGCACACCCAAGUCCACCCAGAGGGGCCAGCAGACGACCAGGACGCUCCACACCUUCGAUAGCCUCUCCUCGCGCACCCUUAGCAGCUUCAGCAGCUCCUGUUCCAGUUACGAUUCUGGCAACUCCCUGGACGAUGAGUACCUUGCCAUGUUUGAGCUGGAUUCGGCCGAGGACCAGCAGUUGGAGCUACCCGAUGACCUGGAGGUCCUUCUUAGCGGGCAGCUCAAAUCGGAUGGCAAUCCUGAGAAGGAAGAAGCCGCCAGCAAACCACGUUCUUUGCGACGCUGCCUGAGUUUGAUGCCCAGCAAUCAACCAGAGGAUGAGGAGGCAUCGAGCCAAGGCACCGCCAACAUGGCUUCCAAAAAGCUGCAGGCCAGGACCCUCUCCAUGAACGAUGCCGAGAUCAUGAGCGCCCUGGGCGAUGAGCCCGAGUUGAUUGGAGAUCUCAGCAAGCCCUGCACACUGCCCUGUUUGGUCACGGGCGUCAGACAUCGCGAUUUGAAGACCAUCUCCAGUGAGACACUGGCCAGGCUGAUUCAAGGCGAAUUCGACCAGCAGUUGGGCAGCCAAGGUGGCUACGAGAUCAUCGACUGUCGUUAUCCCUACGAGUUCCUAGGCGGGCACAUACAAGGAGCGAGGAAUCUAUACACACGCGGGCAGAUACAGGAAGCUUUUCCCCCUCUGACAGAGAAUCAGGAGGACCGUCGCAUCUAUGUGUUCCACUGCGAGUUCUCCUCGGAACGGGGCCCCAAACUAUUGCGCUUCCUGCGCAGCAACGACAGGAGCCAGCAUGCUCACAACUACCCGGCAUUGGACUACCCCGAGCUGUAUAUCCUGCACAAUGGCUACAAGGAGUUCUUCGGCCUGUACGCCCAGCUGUGCGACCCCAGCCAAUACGUGCCCAUGCUGGCGCCAGCGCACAACGAUGAGUUCCGAUACUUCCGAGCCAAGACCAAGUCCUGGCAGUGCGGUGAGGGUGGGGACAGUGGCAUCGGCGGUGGAGGCUCCCGAGGCCUCCGGAAGUCACGAUCCCGCCUGCUCUACGCCGAGUAAGGUCUGCCGGGCUCCAGAUAAAAUAUCCCAUCCGAUCUGCCUGCCAGGUGCCCACUGAGAUCUCUAGCAGAACCAACGGAUGCCCUCUUUUACCACUCAACAAUAUGUUUUCUUUAAGGACGCAAAUUUUUUGUUUAUUUCUCGUUGCGUUAUUCAAAUGUUGUGAAAGCCCUUUAGACUUACUUGUACAUGUUUAGUUCCAAUUCCGGAGUUUGGAUUUUAGUUAUUCGUUGUGUGAAAACGGGAACAAGAACUGGAAAUGGUUACAUGUUCUCUAGUCAGUGAAAGUGAAAUUUUCGAAAUUUAUGUUAGUUAAUUUUGUGUUCGGCAUUCAUUAGUUAAGUUGAAAAAGAAUUUAGUGUUUAGUUAUAGUUUUAAUAAACCAAAUUGAUUUAAAUAUGUAUGAAUACAAGCCAAGCUGAAACUAUUUAUUUUUCAUAAAUUUAUAUUUUUCAAGUUUCAAGUUCAAAACAAAAUUAUUUUACUCUAAUUAAAAAUAUUCAUAUAAAUAUGUGUAAGCAAAAUUAAAGAUUUUUUAGUCAAUAAGGUUUAAGGAAAACCGGAAGUAUCUUUAGUAACCAACAAAAAUGUGAUACAAUGAAAAGAAUCCAAUUUUUGAAGACGCUAUUAAACGUCAAUGUGCCAUUAAAUAUAAUUUAAAUUAAAAAUAGUCAAACACUAAUGGAUCUCAACAUAGGAAUCUAUAGAAUUAAUAAACCUUAUUACUUAUUUUUUAACAAACUGAUUUUGGUGUUACUAAGAGUUAAGUUUAAAUUAUAGUUUGUGGCUAAAGCCCGCGAACGAAUUACUUAUUAAUCUAAAGGAUAACAUUACAUUUGAUUUUAUUAAAUGAAGCCAUCAGAAAAAACAA